CAUUAAAAAAUAUAAUUUUUCAAAAAGCAGCAAAAUAUGGAUUUAUACCCAGUUUUAAUUAUUUAAUUCGUAAACAGUUUUAUGUACAUACGUUAAAACAUGUAUUCUGUAAUUAUGUUUGUUGUAUUAUGCUGUUGUUUGGAUCUGGACGUAUGUAUGUAUCCCAAGCCUUUGUUAGAUGAUUUGUGCAAUCCAUAUAUUUUUUGUUUGCCUCCGUACAAUAUAGAGGGACUCUUUUAAAAUUCUGCCUCGAUAGUAAAAUUUUAAAUUUUGUAUUAUGUCCCGACCAAAAAAUGCGAUUUAUGGAAGGAAAUUUGUAUGAAAGUUGCACUCUAUUGCCUCUUCAAGAGUUCGAGUUAUGGAGAACUUCGAGUUAGGGAAGGAAAUUUCUUUGAAAUUUGGCUUCUCAACGCUAUUGCCAAUUCAAGUGUUCGAGUUAUGGAGGUCUUCGAGUUAUAGAAGUUCGAGUUAUGGAAGUUCCACUGUAUUUACAAUAACAACAGCAAAAACUUGUACAAUGAUAAAUAUUUACUCAACACAUUGUACGAGCGCCAUAUAUGUAGACAAUAAGUAAUAAAUAUAUAAAUUAUUAACAUACAUAUAGCUCUAAUAUAUAUAUAACAUAUGAAUACAUACAUAGAUAUCAACAUCAAAUAACAAAUGACCAAUGGGCAUGCAUUACUGCACUGGCUUACUGUCAGUGUCAUUCGGCGCAAUUAACUUAUAUUCAACACGUAAACUAACAUUUAUCUAGCGCUGACGUUGAUGCACACAGAUACAUAUAUGUACAUUUUGGACAAGCAUUCCGGCGUUUAGCCAUAUAUUUAUGAGUUGCGCGAAUCCCGACUGUUUAGUCCUGUCCGAAUGAUUGAACCGGAAAGUGCCGAUAGUGGCGCAAAUUUCUUUUUAUUGCUUUUGCUAUUGUUGUUUGGCUUAGUGGACCGUAAUGAUAGUGUGGAAAGUCAGUAAAAUAACGGUUGUUGUAUACAAACAGACAUAUUAAAUGCAUGCAUAAAUGUAUUAGAGGUGUGUGUGGUAGGUGGAAUAUACAUGACAGUUAAUGGCGCUAAUACAGUGGGGAAAACCGCUCAUACUUAUAUACAAAAGAGCAGUUAUAUAUGUAUAUAUGUCUGUAUCUGUGCAUACACAUGCAAUUUGAAUAUUUGCGAAAUCCAUAGAUCUAACACAAACAGUCGGACAUUGAUUUUGUGUGGCUUUGUGGCCAACUAACUAACUCGCAAUAGUCGCAAACCGCAAACUACAGACGACGACGACGACGACGACGAGAACGACAAUGACAAUGUCUGUUCAGCGGAAAUCGAAUCAAAUACGACUUUGAAACUAAAGUAACAGGAUGUCAGCUUGAAGUGCAUGUAAUGUGUGCGGUUCACUGCUGAAGGACAUUAUACGCGCAUACACACACAUACUAACAUACAAACAGAGAUAUUUGUAUGUGUAUCUCACUCAGCUAUAAGCCGUGUGUGUUUUGCAUGUAACGACACUAUUAUGUGCAUAUUUAAUCUGUAAGGAAAUUGUCAUAGUUUUGAUUGCAAUGGACACUCGAUCAGAAAUCGAUUGACAGCGGGAAAUUAUACUUCGAAUACAUUUAAAUGUGCAUGCAUAUGUACACACAUACAAACAUUUCCACGAUUCAGAGCGCAAUUAGAAUAGCAGUCCCAUUAGUGUAAAAAACGUUUAGUGGCAACAAAAAAAGUAAAAUAAUAUAUUUGAAAAAAAAAAAAAUAGAAAAAAAAACUAGUUUAUAGUUAACGCCUGUGAAUAUGGGCUGCUCAACAUCUGCGCCAGCCGUCAGCGAAGCAAACAAAGAAAGAACUUUGUCGGCUAACAAAGUGAGUGACAACAAUACGGAUUCAAAAACGAAAAUGGCUGUUCAAGAGAAUAAUGGUGAAAAGGAUAAAUAUCCCGCUUCCGAAGCCUACAUAAUACCGCUGAGUGACGAUGUCGAGACGAAAGUCUACAACGCCGGUGCACAAGAAGCAAAAGAUUUACUCGCGGCGACAGUGAAAAAGCAGCCACCCAAACGUAUACAAGAAUUGAUGGAGCAAGCGGCGGAUAAUGAGACGGCCACAGUAAAUCUGCAAGAUUUAGAGGAGAAACUGGAAAAGGCCGAAGAGCGACGCAAAGAAUAUUUACAACAAAAAAUUACAACAAUACAAAAGACAACACAACAGCUGCUGACACGCAGCGGCAGCAAGGAGCUCCUAGACAAACUGGAGACCACACAAAUUGUGGAUGGUAAGGAAGGCGAUGGAAUUAGUAAGCCAGAGGGUGAAGGGGAGCAGGAGGAGAAGAAGUAAAUAUUUAAGGCUUAAAUUUAUUUCAUAUAACAAAAUGCAUAUGCGUAUACUAAUAGGUAAAGUAUUAUAUAUGUAAAAUAAAAUAAAUCGUUUUACGCCUAAAAUGCUGCUUAAAAAAAAUAAAUAAAAUAUUAAAUAUGUAACAAAAAUAUUUUCCAAAUUUUAAUUAAAUUAAU